AUGGCGGAGCCCACGGUAUGCUCGUUCCUCACCAAGGUGCUGUGCGCCCACGGCGGCCGCAUGUUCCUGCAGGAUCUGCGCGGCCACGUGGAGCUCUCGGAGGCCCGGCUGCGGGACGUGCUGCGUCAGGCCGGGCCCGACCGCUUCCUGCUGCAGGAGGUGGAGGUGCGGGAGGACCCGUGGGACGCCGAGGCCGAGGUGGCGGCCGGCGAGGGCUGCGCUGGCGGCGGCGGCGGCCCCUCGGCCUGGCGGGUUGUGGCUGUGUCCUCCGCGCGCCUCUGCGCUCGCUACCAGCGCGGCGAGUGCCAGGCCUGCGACCAGCUGCACCUCUGCCGCCGCCACAUGAUGGGCAAGUGCCCGAACCGCGACUGCUGGUCUACCUGCACCCUUUCUCAUGAUAUCCACAUACCUGUCAACAUCCAGGUCCUGAAAAACCAGGGACUGUUUGGUCUCAAUGAGGCCCAGCUUCGGAUCCUUCUUUUGCAGAAUGACCCCUGCCUUUUACCAGAGGUCUGUUUGCUCUACAACAAAGGUGAAGCCCUGUAUGGUUACUGCAACCUCAAGGAUAAAUGCAGCAAGUUUCACGUGUGCAAGUCCUUUGUCAGGGGAGAGUGCAGGCUGCCGAAGUGCAAGCGGUCUCAUCAGCUAAUUCACGCUACAUCCCUGCAGCUGCUGCAGGACCAAGGAUUGAAUAUUCCAAGUGUCGUUAAUUUUCAGAUAAUUGCUACCUACAAGCACAUGAAGCUGCACAAGAUGCUUGAAAAUAAAGAUAAUUCAGCGUCUUCUGCUGAGCAUUUCCAGGGCCUUGAGAAACAAGGAGUACACGCAGCUAGGGCUGCAGAGGCCGGUCCUCUGGUCUCUGGCCCGGCUGAGUCAGCCAAGAAGCCAUGUGCAGGUAAACCUUAG